CUGUAUUAUGACUUUCUUUUCCAUCCUCACCUCUUCUCUCCUUCUUCUUCUUACAUACACCCGAAGUGCACCAUAUCCCAGCAAACAUGGGAAGUGUACAUUUAGACAAGGAGCGAUUGACGGCCCAGAUGGAUUUUAAAGAUCAAUCUUCAGUCGUCAUCAAGAUCCGCCGUCGGUUGCCAGACUUCUUACAGUCUGUGAAGCUCAAAUACGUGAAGCUUGGCUACCGCAACACCAGUAAUCACGUUUCACAUCUCGCUAUAUCGGUUCUGAUAUUGGUUUUCAUUGCAACCGUGCGUUUGAAUGGUAUAGACGGCUUCGAUGGGUUCUCGCUCUUGUGGAGCCAAAUCUAUAUUGAUUUGGCCACUGGUUUGUCUGCUUCAGCGAUUUUAAUAUUCUUGCUUACUGUGUACUGGUUCAAACGGGCCCGGCCCGUCUAUCUUGUCGAUUUCGCGUGUUACAAGCCCGGUGAUGAGCGGAAGAUGCCGGUCGAGAGUUUCUUGGAGAUGACGGAGAGCAAUGGCGGGUUUGAAGAGGCGACUAUCGAUUUCCAGAGGCGGAUAUCGCGGCGGUCUGGGCUCGGCGAUGAGACGUACUUUCCGCAAGGGAUCACGUCACGACCGCCGAACCUUUCCAUGAAGGAGGCUCGAUUGGAGGCCGAGUCAGUCAUGUUCGGUGCACUCGACGAUCUCUUCCAGAAGACGGGCGUACGGCCAAGAGAUGUAGGGAUUCUGAUAGUGAACUGCAGCUUGUUCAAUCCAACACCAUCGCUUUCGUCCAUGAUCGUCAAUCAUUACAAGAUGCGGUCCACCAUCAAAAGUUUCAAUCUUGGUGGAAUGGGAUGCAGUGCUGGACUGAUCUCUAUUGAUCUUGCUAAGGAUCUCCUCCAAGCAAACCCUAAUUCUUACGCAGUCGUUGUUAGCACUGAAAAUAUUACGUUGAAUUGGUAUUUCGGUAAUGACCGAUCCAUGCUUCUAUGCAACUGUAUAUUCCGCAUGGGAGGUGCCGCCGUGUUGCUCUCGAACAUGAGAAGAGAUCACAGCCGUUCGAAAUAUCAGCUCGUACAUACGGUGAGGAUUCACAAAGGAGCGGACGACAGUAGCUACAACUGCGUGUACCAGAAGGAAGACGAGAAAGGAACCGUUGGCGUGUCGUUAGCCAGAGAACUAAUGGCCGUCGCUGGCGAUGCUCUCAAAACCAAUAUCACUACAUUGGGUCCUUUGGUAUUGCCGUUCUCAGAGCAAUUCAAGUUCUUGCUGACGUUGGUGAGGAGGAAGUUCUUGCAGAUGAAGGUGAAGCCGUACAUUCCCGACUUCAAACUGGCGUUCGAGCAUUUCUGCAUACAUGCAGGUGGGCGGGCCGUGCUCGACGAACUGCAGAAGAACCUCGAGCUGACGGACUGGCACAUGGAACCGUCGCGCAUGACGUUGCACCGGUUCGGGAACACUUCCAGCAGCUCGCUGUGGUAUGAGCUUGCCUACACGGAAGCGAAAGGGCGGGUGGGAAGAGGGGAUCGGGUCUGGCAGAUUGCAUUCGGGUCGGGUUUCAAAUGCAACAGUGCAGUUUGGAAAUCACUGCGACAAGUAGCUGUACAAGAAGAGUGUUUGGUUAGCCCAUGGGCAGACUGCAUUGAUGGCUACCCGGUAAAGCUGCCUGUGACCUGAACUGUCACGUGGCAAUGUAAUAUUGGAGACCAAUGAAUUGCCACGUGGCUAUUUAUCUUGUACUGCAUGAACUCCCAAAAGUAGGGAAUGUGUGUGUUUGGAAGAUGAAGGGAGGUGGGUGUAGAUAUCAUUUCCUUGUUGUUUUAUCCAGUGUCAGUCUAUACGCUUUUUAGACAGAUUAGGUUAGACCUUUUCUUUUCACGAAAGAACCCUGCUGAGUAACACGGUUCACGUGAAGAGAAAAGGAGAUGAAGAUUGGUGAGCCAGACUGUGGUCCCAACAAAAAUAUCAUAUUGUUGUACUAUUGAAAUCUUAAUGGUUAGGAUAUGCGAUAAAUCUCUGUUGGUGCUUCUCC